UUCUCGAGAGCUAUGGCGAUGGCGCUAGGGCUUGGCUUCUCGUCGCCUCCGGCAGUGCGAGGCCAUGGCAGCCUGCUGCUCGAUCGAUCGGGCUCGGUGUCUGCGCAUAGGAGGGGCCGGCGAUUCAUCGUUCGCGCCAUCAACGAAGACGAAGCGCGAAUCCUUUCCAUGCGCGAUAAAUCGUCCAGUACACUUGCGAAGCGAUUUCUUGCCUGGGGCCGCGAUGUUCAUCAGCAAGCAUCCCAGCAAAUGCAAAAGUUCUUUCAUGCUUUAUGAACUCGCAGAGCUUGCAGAUGGGAGCCUCUUGAUCUCGUUUGGAGCGCCAGCAGCAGCACGAUCUUCCCCCAAGGCUCAGGAUGCCGCCAAAGCUCAUACGCUACCACCACGCCCGCCAUCACGGUACUCAAAAGAGUUUUCUUACAUUACCAAAAGAACAAAGAAGUACACAGGGACUGAGCUUGCCUUGGUGGUUCCCAGCAGUGUUGAGAAGAAGGUGCCGGUCAGAGUGCCAUCAACGUUUUCGAAGAAGUCACCGAUCUCUCACAGACGAAAGAGACACUCGGAGCUGGCGUCGGACGAUUCCGUGCCAGUUUUGGCGUUCAAGGACGUUCAGAUUGAAGAAGAAGUGACUGAAGCUGCUAGGAGUAAGCUAUUCAGGCCGAAGACCACCUUUGCUCGCAAGUCACCAAUUCCAGACGCAAAGAAAAGUACCACUGUCAGCGGGAAAGGAAAAUCAAAACUUCCGGCCGUCCAGCAGGUUUCGGACACGACUACUACGGAGUCAAAAGCCGGGGAACCUCAAACACCGAGGCUUUCCAGGCCAGCAACUACUUUCAUUCGCAAGUCGCCCAUUACGUUUGGCAAAGGUCGAAGGAAAUCACGGUCCUCGCAUGUUGGAGCUUCCGAACAAUCUUCUAGUUCAGCUGCACUAUUUCUCGAAGACAAUCUGGCGACAACCAAGUCGAAGUCGACUAAUGGCACAUUGCCUAGGCCGACGUCCGUUUUCACCAGGAAGUCUCCGAUCACACCGGGCAAAGGUGGCAAGAAAAGAAGGUCUUCUAAAGCUUCGUCGAACGACACUGCUGUCAAGUCCGAGAAGGGGUCUCCUGUCUCCGACAGCAGAAGUGCAAGUGAGGAACACAAAUCCAGGCUUCAGUCGAGGCCGCAUGCUACUUUCGUCCGGAAGUCGCCCAUUACUCACGCCAGAAGCGGGAGACGAAAGAGAAGAGCUGCUAAGAAAAUCGACCAGGAGUCAAAGGCGGCCAACGUUUCUGCAAAGUCGUCCAACGAAACCGUAUUACGAACGGAAGACACUAGUGUGGUGACGGAGGUGAUCGUCGAGACUCCAACAGAUGCUAUCAAAAUUAUUCUGGGGCAGAAGGAAAGCGUCCUGGUCGAGGCUGUAGGAGUUGCGAACGGUGAGCCCGCUGGUGUGCUGCUAGAGGCAGAGAAAGUGGAGAAAGUCUCAAGCGAGCUCCUCAAGGACGGAAAUGAUCCCGCGACUCUAGACGGGAACUUGAAAGCUGCCGAUACAGAUAUCGAGCUGUCGGACGAUGACACUGCUGCUAGUGAUGAAACGGACCUGUCUAUCCUGACGAUCCAAAGGCUUCGCAGCAUUGCCAAGUCGCGGGGCCUGAGAGGCUACAGCAGGUUGAGAAAGGCGGAAUUGAUUGAGCUACUGAGGAAAUCGUAGGCAGCCAGCGAAGGACUCAUAGCAGAGAAACUUUUCUAUCUCCAAAGAGAAAAUGACGGAGCUUCAAUGAUCAUGAAUGACUCGCUGUGCACGAGUCGGCGGCUGGCGGCCAUAACUGCGUAAGAAAUGAAGUUUUCUAGUAUUCUUUUUUCUUGCGGGGAGGAUGGUGACAUUUCCGUGUCGUAGAGAAGUACAUGGUUCGUCAUCCACUGAAUUGUGAUCAAGAAAAGUUCCGUGUUGAAUCGCUCGAAUCGCUACUGUCACGACUUCGUUGGUAAAUCUUGACUGAUGUUACGUUUUUUAUUCUUUAAAGCCUUUGUUUACUUCUUUUCA